AUGGAUCACCGCGGCUCGUUCUUUUUCUUUCUGGUCGUAUUCUAUUUACUUCUCAGCUCACAGUCACAUCCACCAUUGAUAUCUCAGGAUCGUGAGCACCAGCGAGAGCUUGAGCGAGAACGACAUGCGCUUCACCUGCUGAACGAGUCCUACUAUGGAGACUUUGAUCCCCGAGCCGACAAAUGGCUCCCAUUCAUCGGGACCCGAAAGAACGAUAGCUUUGACUGGGGACUUUUGGCGGACGCUCAGGAUAGAACUCGGUAUCAACUGCGGAAUACAUUUACGGACGCAGGUUUAGUUCCUCCGAACGGGCUCGAAGACCGCGAUGUAUCUGGAGCAUUGAACCUUUCUCAGUUGGCCCUACCUGUUUAUCGCAAUUCGACAGGGACGUUACGCGGAGACUGGGUGCGUCGCAAGCUGGAAGCCGAUCGACCUCCGCUUAACAAAACCGCCAUUGUUCUCGAACACGAGUACUUCACCCAUGAGUUCAGCCAGAACGUCACUGGUGACAGCGGGGCCUUCUACCUGAAUGUCCAUGAAGGAGGCGGACAGGAACUCAGGUCUCCUCAGGGCCAUGUUCGUGAAAUCCGAGCAACCUUGGCCGUGGAGACGGAUGAGUUCUGGGGCAACACCUGGUAUAUCUCGUUAUAUGGAGUCCAUUUCCCUGAAACCGGCGGCAUUAUUCUCACGACGACAAGCGAGAAAUUCCGUGGCGUUUUCAGUCUACCCCACUUGACAAUGUCUGCAGACUCCUACAACAUUUCCCACGAGCUGCUUAUCAACUCGCUUUCGGACACCAUUGCAGAGAAGCAGAAUCGGCACCCUACACUAUUUCCCUGGUCUUCGCUUGUGGGAACGGAGCAAGUGGAAUUUCCGUCUCCAAAAUGUGAACAUAUCGUUUAUUUGCAGCAGCAUCCGGUAGAUAUAGAGGGUUAUCUGGCGGACCAGGUGGUCAUUAACCAGAUGGAGCAGGAAUUGAGAUUUCCAACUGGCGCACCGAUACCCUCACCACCCGCAUUGGUCAUGUCAGCUGUGGUAUACUCUCCCGACUGUGGGUAUAUCCUCGAAACCAAGGGAGCCCCCGAUUAUCCCCCGACAGACAGCCUGUAUCUCCAGGGCCCCAAAUCAGAGGAGUAUGCGAGAUACGCCGCGCGCGUAGUAUUUUUGGUGUCCGCUACGUUUAUUGGGCAAAUUACACUGCUUAUGCGACAAAUCAAAGAAUCAUCCACUCCAUCAACUCGCAGUCGGAUUAGUUUCUAUACUAUUGCUCUCAUGGCGUAUGGGGAUGCAUUUGUGCUAGUCUUCAUCUUACUGGAGCUCUACCCGGCGAUCUCCUUCCUGGUCAUGGCAACUCUGUCCUUCUUUGCCUUUCUUUCCGUGAGUUAUAUUGCCAUGAAAUUCAUGAUAGAAAUAUGGGCUAUCCAGGCUCCUGAGCGGAGAGAGCAGACCCGUCGGUCUGGCCCUUCCACGCCGUCUACCCAGUCCGGUGGGCUACCUCUCCCUGCUACAGCGGCCCGAGUCAGAGAUUCUGGCGCUACACCCAUAAUCUUGACACCUGAUCAAGACCCGCCUGCCGAUGAGGGAGAGGAGACAGCUACGCCGAACCGAUCCCCCGUACCAACAGCACAAGAAACUCGAAGUGAUGUGGGCGCAAUGUAUGCGCGUUUCUACUUUGUCCUCUUCGUGAUGCUCAUUAUUUCGAUUUGGUCAUUCCUCUGGCCUAAUAGAGUGGGUGGCUGGUAUGCCCGAGCCCUGGCGUUUGGUUACUUGUCAUUCUGGGUACCACAGAUAUACCGAAACGUCAUGCGCAACUGCCGGAAAGCUCUGCGGUGGGACUUUGUCAUAGGCGAGAGCUGUCUUCGACUUUUCCCCUUCUUGUAUUUCCUGACUGUACACGAAAACGUUUUGUUCAUCCGCCCAGAUCUCAGAACCGCAGCCUGCCUUACUGGUUGGGUAUGGAUUCAAGUCUGGCUCCUGGCGAGCCAAGACAUCCUAGGGCCUCGCUUCUUCGUUCCCCGAGGUUGGGCUCCUCCAGCGUACGACUACCACCCGAUUCUCCGAGACGAUCCAGAGUCAGGUCCCGAUCUCGAAUCUGGCGGCGUUCUGCCAAUCGGAGCCCUGCGAGCAGACGGACGACGGGACUCAUCAAGCGAAGCGAAAGAAGACGACGACCGACAGCGCAGCAAAGACCGCAAGCGAGCGAUUUUCGACUGUGCUAUCUGUAUGCAGGAUAUUGACGUACCUGUUCUCGCGACGUCGGGAGCCGCGGGCGGCAGCAGUGUUACGGACGGUGCGACAAGUAUCCUCACGCGUCGGACUUAUAUGGUUACUCCAUGCCGCCAUAUCUUCCACAGUGCCUGUCUUGAGAGUUGGAUGAAGCUUCGUCUGCAGUGUCCUAUAUGCCGCGAGUCCAUUCCUCCGGUUUAA